GUGGUCUCGUACAUGUGUGUAAGCGAUGUGUGUUUUGAUCGUAGAAUAUCUUCGAAAUGUGAAGUGUUAGUGCCGAGGCCGUUUAAAUUCUUUAACCUUUGAGGGUUUGAAUAAAAUCGUGGUGAAUUUUUCCUCCCACCAAGUUAAUCAGUGAGUGAAUUUACAAUGUGAACUACUUCCAUGAGGAAUACCUUGAAUUUCUACUGCGUUGAGUUUUGGGCACGUUAUGGCUGAAAAUUUGCUACAGGGUCUACAAUCGGCCGCAAAUUCCACAUCACAAGCUGGGACCCUGCAAUAUUUUGAACAGCUGAAAAAUUCAGAAGAUGGAUGGAAACUUUGCGGUGAUGCUCUCGUUCGAAAUCUUUACAGUGAUGAAACUGUCAAGUUCUUCUGCUUCCAAGUUCUAGAGCAUCAGAUUAAAACAAGCCAUGCUGCAGCCUCACCACUAAAUCAGUGUACAGCAAGAAACAUCCUUUUAACUUGGCUCAGAAAUCAGUGUUGCAGUAAAACAGAUGAUAAAAACUUUUUAAAGAAUAAGGCUGCUCAAGUGUUCAGUUUGAUCUUUGUGCGUGAUUAUCCUGAAGGGUGGCCAACAUUUUUCUCAGACCUUCUCCAGUGCUUGCAGUUUGGUGCCCAAGCAGUAGACAUGUACCUGAGAAUUUUGAAAGCAAUUGAUGAGGAAGUAGUUGACAGAGAUGUCAUAAGAAAUCAGCAGGAUGCAGAGAGAAACAUGAAGAUCAAAGAUACAAUCAGAGACACCUGCAUCACAGAUCUUGUAGAUUCUUGGUAUCAUAUCUUGAAUACCUACGAGAACAGUUUAUCAUCACUGACAUGCUUAUGCCUGGAUGUUAUUGGAGCUUAUAUUGAAUGGAUUGACAUUGGCUUGAUAGCAAAUGAUAGAUUUAUAAGUGCACUUCUCAGAUACAUGUCAGUGGAAGUCCUCCGUGAGAGUGCUUGCGAUUGUAUCCAUGAGGUCAUCAUGAAGGGAAUGGAGCCAGUGGCGAAACGGGAACUGGUUGAGUCUCUUGUCAGUGUUUUAGAGAAAAGUGGAAUCCUUCAGCUGCAAGAGGAUGAAGAUGCUGAUUUUUUAGCUAAAGUGUCAAAAUUGAUGAAUGCUGUGGGAACACAACUUCUUAACAGCUACAGCAAGCUUACAAAAUCUGGUGAUACAGAAGCAGCAGCAAAGUGCCUCCAUGCCGCUGAGGAGAAGAUGCAAUACUUGUUUAGAUUUCUUAGUCAUGAUGAUGAUGAUGUGUCUCAGAAUGUGUCUGGAUUUGGAUACGCUUACUUGACCGUCCUGAAGCAGAUUGCAAAUCCAAAUGAACAACAGAAAGCAAACUUGAGGGCAAUUUUGCAUGUCAUUAUCAACAAGAUGAAGUAUGAUGAAUCAUACAACUUUGAUCAUGAGGGUGAAGAUGAAGUGAUGUUCAUGGAAUAUAGAAAGGAAAUGAAGAUCUUAUUUGACAAUAUUGCUCAGCUGGACCCUGAUCUGGUGCUGGUGUCAGUUCACAAUAUUUUGAACUCAACAUUUGGGCAAUUAGAUGGAGCCAAGUUUAUGGAUGUGGAGAUAGCUGUACGAGUUCUUUACAUGGUUGGAGAAGCGAUGUCGAUGCAGCAAUUGUACUCGGAUGCCUCAAAGUUUUCAGCGCUUCAGCAAAUGAUGAGUUUGUUGGUGACCAGUAAUGUAUCUUGCUACAACCACUCAUCUGUGGCUCAAAUGUUCUUUGAGACAGUUGUCAGGUACGACAGAUUUUUUAGCAGCCAGGGUCAACACAUUCCCACAGUACUGAUUGCCUUCCUGGACGAGAGAGGACUCCGCAACCCAAACUGCACAGUCAGGAGCCGAUGUUCCUAUCUGUUCUCAAGGUUUAUUAAAUCUCACAAGGCAAACAUGCUGAACUAUGCACAUGACGUUUUAAAAAGACUGCAAGGACUUCUUGUCAUAUCCGCAGAAAAUGGUUACCAGCAGCUUCUAUCUGCUGAUGAUCAGUUGUUCCUUUAUGAGAGCGCAGGGAUACUGAUAGUCGCUAGUGGAGCAGUACCAGAGAAGCAGCUGAUGUAUAUGAAGGACUUACUGUCCCCGAUCAUCGAAAAGUUUGAUUCAAUUGUCACCAAGCUCAUGUCGGAGACUGACGAUGCCUCUUCCUUGGUGUAUGCCCAGCAGCUUUAUCAUCUGGUUGCCUAUGCAAGUCGAGCCAGUAAAGCUUUCCCCAAUCAGCAAGCCCUGAAAGCCAGUGGUUGUGCACCAUGUUUCACAGAGGCUUUGCCGAUUUUCCUCAGAGCACUUCACAUACCCAUCCAUCGAGACACCAUCCACUCUGGGGUGCGGCAGUACCUGCACAGGAUGAUUGUAUGCCUGGGUGAGGAAGUACUACCCUUCAUCCCUGUUGCAGUUUCGCAUCUACUGGAAGGUUGCACGGCGCGGGACAUUCAAGAAUUCAUUCCGCUUAUCAAUCAGAUCAUCAGCAGAUUCAAGACUCAAAUUGGGCCUUUCCUGAGGGAAGUUUUUAUGGCAAUUGUAAACAGAAUCUUCAUAGUCCUUGGCAAACCAGCGGAUGCAAAAGAUGCACAGGCAGUCAAGGAGAAGGAAACUCUGAGGCGUAGUUACUUCCUGUUUGUGGGUGCUGUGGUAACCAAUGAUGUAACAGGGGUCCUCACCUCUCAAACUCCGCAAGAUCUACACCAAGUGUUGUUGACCUUGAUUCAAGGAGGAGUAGAGUUUCCAGACCCAGUGGCGCAAAAGAUUUCUUUCAACAUUCUUCGUAAACUGGUUGAACUCUGGGGUGGCAGCAAUGGAUUGAAUGGUUUCAGAGAGUUCAUCUACGAAAGUAUUGUACCUGCGUCGUUUAUGGCUCCUAUGAAGUCGAACUUUGACAUGAAUGACGCACAGACUAUUUUGGCUUUGCAGGAAAUUGCUCUUACGCAGAAAAUGAUUCUGCAGAAACAGGGAGUGGAGUUUAUAGAAUUCCUACAGAGCAAAUACCUUCCAACACUACAGAUAGCACCAGGACUUAUUCAGGAGUAUAUAAGCGCCUUACAGCACGCAGACAUCAAAACCUUUAAGAACUAUAUAAAGGCUUUUUUCACUAACCUUCGUUCUUGACCAAGGCUUAGCCCCUUCAGCAUACGACGAAGGGAACGAAUAUUGUUUUAUAAUAAUUUAAUUUUGUGUAGUGACAGAGUGUUGGUUGUAAAAUCAGAGCAUAGAGUUUAAAUUUAAUUUUAUCAUAAAGAUGACACAGCGUUUCCGAAUCAGGGAAUAGAAUGAAGUGUCAAACACAAAAUUCUAAAGAUCCAAAAGUUGAAUGAUGUUCACAAUUUAUCUUUUACAAGAAGUCCAUAUUUGCGCGAAGCCCAAAACUGUUCUUGAAUGGGCAUAAAUGUUUAGAAAUUUUCCAGCCUAUACUUGACUACUUAAUAAGCUCUUCUUUAUUUUCCGGAGAGGUAGGAUUUCGUAAACCUGCUCAAAUUGAAAAUCUUUUCUCGUGUAAAUAGAAAAUGUUACCAAAUUUUCGACAAAUUCUUCCAAAAUGGUAAUAAGGGCAUAGAGUUUUGGUGGUGGGCUUUCCUGUAAAAGCGGCAGCAGUUUUGUCUAAAAGUAGUUAAAGAAUCUUUAUUUAAGGGUACCAAAAUCAAUCUCCUUGAAAAGGGGUGCAACAGAUCCAAUUUUACGUCUAGAAGGUAAAAAAAAAAUCAUUCUGCCAAGAAACAAACAAAUUAUAUGUAUCUUCAACAGUGCACUUUUCAGAAGAACGCACUAGUUGAGAAAGCCUAGGGCAGAGUGUCUCCAUCGUGCUCAGUUCCAGUAUCAAAAUAUCAAUUCUCUGCAUCGUCUGCCUUCCAUUUGAUAUACGAUUAGUUCUGAGAAUUUGGUGGUGAAUUAAGCAAUAUUCCGCAGUUGAUGAUUUUUCUUGCUUUCCACCAUCUUUCUUCUCGAACUUGUUGAAAUCGUAAGGCGGCGAAAUCUCUCUUUGGGUCACCCCUGAAGGAAUGAAAGGGUGAAAUUUUGAAUCUUAGUUAGGAAACCAGUCAGUACAUAUUUUUUUGUUUUGUUUUGUUUUGUUUUGCUCUUUUUUUUGUUUUUGUUUUUUUUUUGUUUUUUUUUUGUUUUUUUGUUUUUUUUUGUUUUGGAUUCACUUGCAGGUCUCCAAUCACCAAAAAUAUCCAGCAAAAAAAUUCCCUUACUCACUAAAAUGCAAAUAUUUUCACAUUAUUGCCCAAAGGCGGACAAGAAAAGUCCAAUUCGGACUCAAAGUCGGCUUUCGCUUUAGCCGGGUUCUAAGUAAUGUUAAUUUUAUUAUUAAAAAUUAUUUGAAGACCUUGAUAUAAGGAGUUAGGGUACAUUGUUGAUAGAAUCGCAUCAUGGAAUAAAAUCUCGCAUUCUGAUUGGUUAACAAAGCGAAGAGAGUUUGAAAACGAGGCUAAGUGAUAUUGUUUGGCAUCUAUGUGUAUAUAACAACUGUAAGUAAUGUUGUUUUCUUUUUUUUCUUGUUUUUAUUCAAUUAUGCGAUUCAAGGAAAAGUCCAUUACUUGACUCGUGAA